AUGGCCAGAGCCAUUAAGUUGCGGGACAUCACCAGCGAAUUGAACGACUGCGUCUACACUAGUGGGAAAUAUCCACUACUGGUUGACACCACGGGCCAAGCAUGUCAGUUCCUGAAGUACCGUGGUCGCUACUUAUCGAUCCUCAAGAAGGGCGACUUCGAGAAAGAGACCCUUCGAAAAGCCUUGGUGCAGGCGCUUCACAAUGGGGCCUGGCUUGUCUUGGACUUCGACAAGCUAGAGUGUGACCUGCAGUCUUACUUCGACAAGGACUCUUUUCCAGAGAUGGUCUUGUCGCCGCACGAGCUCUUCCUGGAGGAAAACUUCACGCCGCUUCUGCGCCCCACCGAUGAGUUUGCUGCAAAGGUCACCUACGAGCAUCAGGCUGCAUUAGCGGAAGGCGCAUUUCAGGAUAGGACAAAGUGCCAUGCUCCUGAAAGAGUUGCAGAUGUGAGCAAGAAAUUCGAUCCCAAAGAUUCUUUUCGCCUUGUGCUGGCGACCAAGCAGGAGGAGCCUCCUGCUUCCCUCAAAGAAAAGAUGGUGCUUCUAAAGGUGGACGUAUCAGAAAACGAAAUGAAGGAGAACGCUGGGCGCUGGGCCGGCCGGGAGCAGCCCAAGAAAGAGAAGUCCAAAGAGCAGGUCAAGAUGGACGAAGAACUGCUGGAAUUCGCCUUCGAUGGUGAGCUGCAGGAAGUUCAGACCCUGCUCGACAAGUCCGCAGACCCGAUGGCGAAGGACGGUCGUGGAAACACCGCGCUCUCUGAAGCCGCCGUACAAGGCCACCUUGAAGUGGUGAAGUGCCUGUUGGAUUGGAAGGCACCCAUUGGGAGCGAUCCAAAUGCUGCAGGAAACGAUGGCCGUACUGCUCUCCACAGGGCCUGCUUUCAAGGACACCAGGCUGUGGCCCAAGUGUUGCUGGAGCACGGCAGUGACCCUCGCACGAAGGACCGGCACGGGGAGCUUCCCUAUGACAUGGCCAGCAACGACGAGACGCGAGCUGCUCUGGAGGCUUGGGAUUCUGCAAAGACGGACUCUCUAAAGGAGGAAAGAGCCAAAGCGAUAGACGCAGAAGACGAGAAGAAUGUUCGCAACGAAGAGGAGCGCUUGCAGCUGGCACGGCGAAAAAAAACAGCCAAGCUCUGUGAGCUCACUGAGCAAGGCGACAAGGAUGCGCUCGAGCUCGAGCUUUUGGAUCUUGACCGCAAAGAGAUCCCUGCUUACCGGGAUGAUCGAGGGAACAGCAUCCUGCACUUGGCGGCCACACAUGGUCGCCAGGAAAUCGUGACACUGCUUUUCGAAAGCUUUGGCUUUGGGGCAAACCCCCGUGACUCCAAAGGGUGGACACCCAUAGCAGUGGCUGCUUUUCACGGCCACAAGAAGAUCUGCCAGGUCCUCAUGGCCAGAAAAGCCGAUCCUUUGAUCGAGAAUGCCUACAGGCCUCACUGCAGCUGGGUGGACGGAUGGAUGAUCAUCUUGAGCACUUAG